AUGGGUUACCCAGCAAAAAGCAACUAUUCGUCCGUAAGUGAUACAGAGAGGAAGAUAAAGCUGGUAUUUUUUGUGUUCACAUUCCUCCUCGGAGUUACAGGAAACUCGCUCGUUAUUGCUAUUCUACGGAAGAAGAAACGAAAGUCUGUCAACGACAUUCUAAUCUUUAACUUGUCAACAUCCGACUUGACGUUAAUGCUGCUUUCAUUGCCUGCUAACGUUUUCCUGCUCGGUGGAAUAGACUUUCCGAUUUUUUUCUGCAAGUUUAUUUCUCCUCUUAUGACGGCCACCUUUAACGUCAGCAUAUUCACUCUGACUUUUAUGGCGGUAUACCGCUGGCGUGUCAUCAUAAACUCCCUUCAACCGGAAAUGCGUCACAGAUUCGUCGUCAUAUGGAUUGCUGCAAUUUGGUUUGUUGCAGUACUUCUUCUACUUCCGCUGGUGGUCGUCGCCGAAACGAACAAGAUCGGUAGCUGCACGGAGAAUUGGGGACCAGACCAAAGUCGCGCUUACACUGUUAUCCUGUUCAUACUGCAGUACGUACUUCCGCUGCUAACUAUCGCUGGCGCGUAUGUAUUGAUUGCAAUCGAGAUAGGAAAAGCCGAAAAGCGGCAUAUUUCAAAUGCACAGGAUCGUGCAGCUUUGGAAUUAAGGAGGAAAGAAGACAUACAGAUUAUCAAGAUGAUGGGAAUGAUCGUCAUAUUAUUUGCAGUGUGCAUGUUGCCAAUUCAGGUCGCGUGGUUGAUAUCGGACUUCGGACCUGACGAAUAUAAGAAAGUAGCCAGUGUGAUGCUGAGGAUGGCUGAUAUUGCAGCCUAUUUACACGCAUGCGUGAAUCCCAUCAUUUACGGAACUAUAACGAGAUAUUUCCGUCGUGAAUACAUUAAGUACAUUAGAUCUAUUUUUUUCUGCUAA